UCACGAUUAGAACGAAUAUUUUUUCGUGGUUUAGUACUUCAGUUUGCUUGUGUGAUCGGACGAAAUAUUUUGCUCUGAUUUGUUUACGAAUAUCGGUGAACAUUGUAGAGUGAUUUUUGAAGAUGAACAUUCGGAGCUGUGCGUAAGCUAGACGUGUCAGUCAAUUUCCUUCUCUCACAUCUUUUAUAUGUACAAACGUGAAUAACUGUAACAAUAAAUCUUCACACGCACGAUGACCACAUUAAGUGGAUUUAUAGAAUUCUUCCAGAAAGGCAAGACGUUUAGGCCAAAGAAAAAGUUCGCUUACGGAACAUUGCGUUACUCUUUACACAAGCAAGCUCAAGCUUCUCUCAAUUCUGGAAUUAAUCUAAGAUCUGUUGUUAAAUUGCCUUCCGGAGAAGAUAUGAACGAUUGGAUCGCCGUUCAUGUUGUAGAUUUUUUUAAUAGAAUAAAUCUUAUAUAUGGUACUGUAUCCGAAUAUUGCGAUUCAGCGUCUUGUCCAACAAUGAGCGGUGGAGCACGUUUCGAAUAUUUGUGGGCAGAUGGUGAAAAAUAUAAGAAGCCAACAGCAUUACCAGCGCCUCAAUAUGUUACUCUUCUUAUGGAUUGGAUUGAAGCUCAAAUAAAUAACGAAGCGGUUUUUCCAGUAUCAACAGAUGUGCCGUUUCCCAAAACGUUUGUGCCACUAUGUAGAAAAAUCUUGACGCGACUUUUUAGGGUUUUUGUCCACGUGUACAUCCAUCAUUUUGAUCGCAUUGUAGCAAUAGGAGCACAUAUACGAAGGCGUUACGACCGCCUUUUGCGCCCUACGCUGGAAUUUACUUUUGCGCCCCAUCACAAGGAUUGCUAAGUCUCUGAAGCACCACUCCCCCGCCAAUUGCAACGAACCAACAACUGAAAAAAAAAAAAGGAAUUUCCACCAAUUUACAUAACACAGGAAUACGAAUACAAUAAAGGGCAUAGUGGAAUAAGCAUGUAAAAUCUGCCCCCGCACCAAUCGAGCUCAAAUUGGUGUCAUUAGUUGGCACUCCUAAGAUGUAAAACUUCCCCAAAUAUUAGCCUCGAAAUUGCAUUUUUGGGGGAGUUAUGG